GUCAAGUGACGGUCUGGAUUGAAACAGAGACUGAACGUCAAAGUCGGAGCGGAGCGGCGCGGCGCAGCGCAGAGAAGAGAGCGAAGUGUCCCAGCGAAGCCACAUCGACCUCUUCACAGCUGCUUAUCGGAAAAAAUAAAUAAAGAAUUAGACUGAUUAAAAAGGUUACUGGACCGAGACGGCAUCUGUGGCCAUUUCAUUUUUUUUCCUCAAGCGUGGGAGCAACACGGAGCGGCAUUCCUCUAGACGGUGCAGUGAGUUUCAUCCCCACGAGGCUGGUACAUGAAAGGACACGAGCUGGUCUGACACCGCAGAGCCUCUGGGUUUCCUCUCUCUCAUCCUCCUCCUUCCCCCAGCUCUGUCGCCAUGGGUAACCGAGGGAUGGAGGACCUCAUCCCUCUGGUGAACCGGCUCCAGGAUGCCUUCAGCUCCAUCGGACAGUCCUGCAACCUGGACCUGCCGCAGAUUGCCGUGGUGGGCGGCCAGAGUGCGGGGAAGAGCUCCGUACUGGAGAACUUCGUGGGAAGGGACUUCCUGCCCCGGGGUUCUGGAAUAGUCACCCGACGGCCGCUUGUGCUGCAGCUCAUCAGUGCGAAAACAGAGUAUGCCGAGUUCCUUCACCUCAAAGGGAAGAAGUUCACGGACUUUGAUGAGGUUCGCCAGGAGAUCGAAGCAGAGACGGAUCGGGUCACCGGGGCCAAUAAGGGCAUCUCUCCUGUGCCCAUUAACUUGCGGGUCUACUCCCCACAUGUCCUAAAUCUCACCUUGAUCGACCUGCCGGGGAUCACCAAAGUCCCGGUGGGGGACCAACCCCCAGACAUCGAGUACCAGAUCCGGGACAUGAUCAUGCAGUUCAUCUGCAGAGAGAGCUGCCUGAUCUUGGCUGUCACCCCAGCCAACAUGGACCUGGCCAACUCUGACGCUCUCAAGCUCGCCAAAGAUGUCGAUCCACAGGGCCAGCGGACUAUUGGGGUCAUAACCAAGCUGGACCUGAUGGAUGAGGGCACAGAUGCUCGGGAGGUUCUGGAGAAUAAGCUCCUUCCCUUGCGCAGAGGGUACAUUGGGGUAGUGAACCGUAGUCAGAAGGACAUCGAGGGGAAGAAGGACAUCAAAGCUGCUCUGGCUGCAGAGAGGAAGUUUUUCCUGUCCCACCCCUCUUACCGGCACAUGGCGGACAGCAUGGGUACGCCGCACCUGCAGAAAGUCCUGAACCAGCAACUGACAAACCACAUCCGGGACACCCUCCCUGGGUUCCGUAGCAAGCUGCAAACCCAGCUGCUGUCCCUGGAUAAGGAGGUUGAAGAAUACCGCCACUUUCGGCCCGACGAUCCCUCACGCAAGACAAAGGCCCUGCUCCAAACUGUUCAGCAGUUUUCUGUGGACUUUGAGAAGAGGAUUGAGGGUUCUGGUGACCAGGUGGAUACUGUGGAACUUUCUGGUGGGGCCAAGAUCAACCGCAUCUUCCAUGAGCGUUUUCCCUUUGAGCUGGUCAAGAUGGAGUUUGAUGAGAAGGACCUGCGUCGGGAGAUCAGCUACGCCAUCAAAAACAUCCAUGGCAUCAGGACAGGCCUCUUCACCCCAGAUCUGGCCUUCGAGGCCAUUGUGAAGAAGCAGAUUGUGAAGCUGAAGGGGCCCAGUAUUAAAUGUGUGGACAUGGUAGUCCAGGAGCUCAUCAAUACCGUACGCCAGUGCACGGUCAAGCUGGCCCACUUCCCCCGGCUCCGCGAGGAAACCGAGAGGAUAGUAACUGCAUACAUCCGUGACCGUGAGAAUCGGGCCAAAGAGCAGGUGUUGCUGCUGAUCGAGGUCCAGCUGUCCUACAUCAACACCAACCACGAGGAUUUCAUCGGCUUUGCAAAUGCUCAGCAGAGGAGCAGUCAGAUGAACAAGAAGAGCUCAGCGGGAAACCAGGUGCGUGUCAUCCGCAAGGGCUGGUUGACCAUAAACAACAUCAGUAUCAUCAAGGGUGGAGCCAAGGAGUACUGGUUUGUUCUAACUGCAGAGAGUCUGUCUUGGUUUAAGGACGAUGAGGAAAAGGAGAAGAAGUACAUGCUUCCACUAGACAACCUGAAGGUUCGUGAUGUGGAGAAGAGCUUCAUGUCCAGCAAGCACGUUUUUGCUAUUUUCAACACAGAACAGAGGAACGUGUACAAGGACAACCGGUAUCUGGAGCUGGCCUGUGACUCCCAGGAGGAAGUGGAUAGUUGGAGAGCAUCCCUGUUGCGUGCUGGGGUGUACCCCGAAAAGGCCUCUGUGGACAGCGAGAACUCUGGCCCCUCAGACACCUUCUCCAUGGACCCCCAGCUGGAGAGGCAAGUGGAGACCAUCCGUAACCUGGUGGACUCCUACAUGGCCAUUGUCAACAAGACCAUCCGUGACCUCAUGCCCAAGACCAUCAUGCAUCUCAUGAUAAUCAGUGUUAAAGACUUCAUCAAUGCGGAGCUGCUGGCCCAGCUGUACUCUGCAGGGGACCAGAACGUGUUGAUGGAUGAGUCGCCAGAGCAGGCAAGGCGGCGGGAUGAGGUCCUGCGCACGCACCAUGCCCUCAAGGAGGCGCUGUCCAUCAUCGGGGAUAUCGCUACCUCCACCAUCUCCACCCCUCUGCCACCCCCUGUUGACAGCUCCUGGCUGCAUGGUGGAUCCAGUGGAUCUCAGAGGUCGCCUCCCUCCAGCCCCACGGCUCCAAGGAGGAUGUCCACAGGCCCCCGGCCACCGGCCCGCGGCCCUGCCCCUCCGGCCCCUCCGGCCCCUCCCCUGCCUUCUCGCCCGGGUCCGCCGGGACCCGUCAGCAACAGUACGGAUGCCUUCCUGCCCCCGCAGGUGCCUAGCCGCCCCACCCGUGCUCCUCCCAGCAUUCCCAGCCGCCGUCCUCCUCCGUCUCCGACCCGGCCCUCUGUGACGCGCCCUGGAGACUCCUCUCUCCUGGACUGAACCCCUCUCACUCCCCCAAACCAGGCUGAUCCGCCGUUACGGUCUCGCAUGCCCCCCCCGGCCAGUCACCUGUUGCCUGGCAACAACAUCCGUGGGCUUUCACGAUAUAGCCUUUUUUCUCAAUCCAGGUUUGCUGGGCAAAUCCAAAAUCUCGUUCUGGUAAAUAACCCUCCUCCCACGCCUUUGACCACGCAACCCUGGCAAGCGUGUUGGCCCUCCACACUCCCAAACCGCUGCAAGACACAGAAGCUCAUAGUACAGCUUGCUUGGGAAGGUCUCAUGAUGCCCAUACCCAGACUGAACCACAGCGUACUAUUAAUCUGCGGUAAACUCCAGUGCAAAGGGCUCGCGGUUCAUUUACAUUAUAUAAACGCGUGAGUGUAUGCCCGAGCGCGUGCGUGUACGCGUGUGUUCAAAUGCGUGCCUUAGCUCUUUUUGUUACUGCCACCUUUCUUGUUUUCAUGCAUGGUGUGAGUGGUCUCGCCCUCAUUGUACACCGUGGAUGUGCUGUAUGUUUCCGAACAUGUUGCGGAUCUGCGCUGCGAUGGCUGGGACGCUGCGUUCGGGCACCUAGCAGUCGCUCACGCGGCACACUUGCCUUUCACCGAGACCUGCUUGAAAACACAUUUUGCCGUGCGACCAUGUUGCCCGUCUGUAGCCUGUCUCUGACCCCUGUGUUAAGGCUAAAGUGUAUUGUCACACAUGUAGCUCUGUAUCUGAACACACAUGUUAUCAUGGCAAUACAGUCUAUCUAUCUAUCUAUCUAUACUAGAUAGGUAGGUAGAUAGACUAUAUGAGCCUAUAGCAAUAUUCACAAGCCUAGUGGUAGCCUUAGAAGAACUGUAUUGCUCUGUCUCAACACAUGGACACACCAUCUCUGUCCUUCCCCUCCCCUCUCCUCCUCACUCGAAAUGUUCCAGCCGUUCUCCUUUCCAGCUCCGCUGCCCUGCCUCCCAUGAGCCCCUGCUGUGUUCAGGCUGCAAACUGUACGUAUCUGAGCGCAGGAUCAUUCCAACGUGUGGAGAACGAGGGACCUUGGCUGACACUGUUUGAAUGUGGUGACUCAUGGAGUCCACAGCUUUACUUUUCUCCAGUUCUUCUGCUCUCACUCUUUGCCUCACUCUGACGGUCUCUCUGUCUCAGCGUCCUCAUCUCCAAUAAACCUCUGGCAUUCUCGGUCUGCUAAGUCUGCUCUGUUUUUCUCACGGGGUCUUUGAUUACUUUUCUAAAGCCAAACCACAGGUCUUUAAACGGCAAGAACUAUGGUUGCCUUUGCCCUACAUCAUGUCGCGAGAAAACUGCCCUGACACACAGUCUCCAAAACAUUUGCCUCUUUCUUCCAGAUGCUAUUUUUAAGUGCUGAAUUUUUACAUACGAAACAAAGUCCGUUGCUAGCAGUU